UUUUGCUACAAAAGUCUAAAAGCCACUCAAGAAACAUUGCGAUCUGAGAAAACUGGGGGUUUGAAACAACUUUACUCACCUUCCUAUUCCAUCAGGAACUAGGAUUUUCAAAUCGCAGCUCUACAUCGAAGUAAAAGUAGUUUGUACCAGUCCUUGGAGUUUUACAUUUUCCAUUUGAAGCAACAAGCGUUCAAGUCUCCAUUUUUGCUACAAAAGGAAAAAUAUCUAAAUCAAAAUAUAAGAUCCAGGGAGCGAGACAAGUAGCACAAAGAAGUGAAGAUGAACAAAGGAAACUCUUCGGAUGAUUGUCUUCCAAAGUUCUUCAAAGUGUACUUACCUGAUGAAUCCGGCGAUGAUCUCAAAAUACCCAUUUCUUUCACCAGCUUUGUACCAAAGCCUUUUCCUAAAACUGUAACGGUUAGAAGCAUUUCUGGGAGCUCUUGGGAAUUGGCGUUUAGGAAAUGUAGUGGUGAUGUUGAGAGCUUUGUUUUGGUUAAUGGGUGGAAGAGAAUUGCUAAAGAUGAAUAUCUCAAGGGUGGAGACUUCUUGGAGUUUGAGUUUGACGGCUUUCGGCACUUCAACUUCUGUAUCUACGAGCGUGAGACCAUGUGUAAAAGGGUAAGAAGUUGUUCAGAGCAAAGCCAGGAAGUCAAAGUUGAAUCUGAGAGUGAAGAAGAAACUCGAGCUACUGAUGACGUUUUAGCUCCUGAUGAAGAGGAUGAAGAGGAUGAUGAUGAUGAUGAUGAUGAUGAUGAUGAGGAUGAUUCUGAUUAUGAUAGUGAUGCUGCUCUUGAGGAAGAAGAUAAUGAUGGUGAUAAGUCUGAUGACUAUGUUGUUGAUGAUGCUGUUAGUGAGGAUGGUGAUGAUGAUGAUGAUGUUGAGGAUGUUAAUCUUGGUGAUGAUGCUGCUGGCGAUGAUCGCCAUCUUCUGGAUGAUCCCGAGAAUCCAUCUUUUACUCUGAGACUGAAUCCGAAGAAGCAAAGCCAAUUGCUCAUCCCAGCUCAAGUCAUAAAAGACUAUGGCUUGCAUUUCCCUGAGAGUAUCACUAUCGUUGAUCCACUAGCGAAAAAAUUCGGGACAUUGGAGAAGCAGAUCAAGAUUCAGACGAAUGGCACUGUGUUUGUCAAGGGGUUUGGCAGUAUCAUCAGAAGAAAUAAUGUGAAGACAACGGAUAAGGUGAUAUGCGAGAUCAUGAAGACGGGUGAUAGUAACCUGGUUCAAACAAUGAAGAUCCACAUUCUUAGUGAAUGAUCCGUCAUGGAUCUCUUUAGUUAUUUGUUUCAGUGGGUUUUUAAGUUAAACCAAGACUACGGUGGUUUAUUAAAUUCAUGUAAAAGAGUCUCUCUAUUUUCUGAAUCCAGUCA